AUGACAUAUCGAGGAAGCAGUAGUGGUGUAAAUGUGAUGGGCGAAAAUAACGAUGGUACAUCUGUGGAACAUCGUAAUGACGCGUUGGUUGAAAAGCUUUCCGGAAAGGUGGCUGCACUGAAAAAGAUAACGAUAGCAAUUGGCGAUGAUGUACGGGAACAGAAUCGUUUGUUAAAUGAAAUGGAAACGGAUUUCGAUGCGUCGAAAGGUUUGCUUGGUUCAACGAUGCGAAAAUUGAAUCGUGUUACUAAAGCUGGUGGCAAGCAUUUGACAUGUUAUCUUGUCUUAUUUGCAUUAUUCGUCUUCUUGAUAAUUUAUUAUUUGAUUCGUUAG